AUGAGCCAGACCUUCUCGUUGAGACGUAAAGAAAUUGUGGAAGAGCAGCCAUCUGUAAAGCAGAUGUUGGAACGCUGGCCAGCUCUUUUCAGGAAACAACAGGUUUUGGCAGAGUUCACCAGAGUGGCAAGUAGGGAUCUUGAGCAGGACUUUAUUCAGUCCUUGGACCGCCACACCCCACGUUUGCUGGAGAUAUUCAAGUCAAAAAAGGGAGUCAUUGGCAACACACUUUCCGAGAUCCUUGUCCAGGUUGAAAGAAGGACCAGUGAUGUCGUUGCCACAAGGACUGCUGUCCUGCGAUGUCUGUCAGUUUUUCUCGGGGAUGACGGAAGAGAAUUCUACAAUAUCUCUUUUGAUUCAGAUGCCAUGGCAGACUUCACCCAGGUUCCUGUGGGGUUACUGACUGUCAUUCCUGAGGUCAGUCAGCAACCAGGUCCAAAUGCUCUACACCUUGAACCAUCCAGCAUUGGUAUCAUUCUGGAAGGUACAAUUGUCAUGGAUGACAUCAAAAGCCACGAUCAAGCUAUUUGCCUUAUAUUUGGACUGAUCUAUGCCCUUCACCUUGACUAUCCAAAAUGCCUGAAAAACACCUUUGAAUUCAUCCAGAGGGUGAUGCUUAGUCUGGGUGUAGGUAACCUCAGGCCAAAACUACAGAGCUUGAAAAAUGCUCUUCUGCAGUAG